UUAAUUUGCAAACCUAUUCCACAAAGUGCUUCAUCAAUUUAUGCAUCUCUGAACAAAAAUCACAAUUUUGUCACAAAGAAAUCACAUCAGAUAGAUAUUUUCAAUAGUGGAUAGGAUAUCAGGCCAUCUUCUUCAGAGGUCUGAAGAGUGUGCACUGCUUAUAAGCAGAAAGCUGAUAAGAUAAGACCAUUAGCACCUGGAAAAUCUGAUGAAAGCAAGCCAGAAGAUCUAGAUAAUUGGGUGGAUGUUUGUUUGAAUAAGAUUGCACCCUUUUCUGUUGGAGAACAGCUAACAAAACAAUGGCUCGGACACUACUUUUGACCGCGAAGAAAUUUCGGCGAUAAACGACAUCUCUGAUGAUAACUGGACUUACUGUGCCCCGAUCGAUAGCUGAUACUGCGACCGUCAUGGCGAAAAUGAGUAUCUCUGUGCCAUGGAGCCCGAAGGCGUUUGGGUGUCUGAAUGGAACUUUCAAGAUCUGGAAGCAGCAAGAUCAAAGCUGGAAGAGCUAUACAGAAACUAUCAACAGAAUGGACCGGCAUCGUGUCUCUUGGAUGUUGAAUGUGAUAUCCCUGACCUCCUGGACCAUAUUUCAUCUGUGACAAAGAGGGGUAUUUCUGACGGGUUAGUGGUUUACUUUGUGCACUGGAGGUGUCAAUGGCUGCGGUCGGAGAACAUUGGUGAAGAUGGAUAUAGGUCACUGAACCAAUUCUGCCUUUAACCUUCAAGGUUGGAUUCGGAUUUGUCGGAAAUUUCGUUUUAUUUUGUUUCCUCUUAUCUCCCUGAGGUGGUGUGAAAUGCAUUGGUACUCUCAGGAGCUGUAUCUAUUGACAAUGCUGCUGGAUAAAAUGAUGGAUCACAUG